GCCCAGUAUGGACGGCUCGAUGUCCUGGUCAACAAUGCUGCGAUGAGCUCGAUGAAGCAUCCGCCAAGUCGGGAGGCAAUGCGCCAGAUUCUGGAUGUAAAUGUGGUCGGAGCACUCAGCACGACAGAAGCAUUUCUCGACCUGCUUCGAAACUCCUCUGAGAAGCGUCUCGUAUUUGUCUCUUCGAGCACAGGCUCCAUUAGUCGUGCGGCAGACCCCUCAUCUCCCUUCCACAUAGCCAGUGCCACUGAGUAUCGAGCCAGCAAGGCUGCACUGAAUAUGAUGAUGGUCUUGUACAUGUGCCGUCUCAAGGAUGAAGGUUUCAAAGUGUUUGGAGCAGAUCCAGGGUUGUGUGCCACGAACCUCACCGGUGAUCCUGAAUCUCUUCGACGACGAAAUGCUGCAGAGCCAUCUGAUGGAGGGGAGAGGGUGGCGACGGUGGUGAAAGGGGAGCGAGAUGCGGAUGUUGGAAAGGUGUUGGGAGUAUAUGGAGUAUCUCCAUUCUGAAUGAUUUUGAUUGUAUCACCAGUCCGUGUAUCUCAGUCUGUAUACCACUGUCAUCGAGUAUGUUG